AUGAUUCAAAUGAAGAUAAAAAUGAGAAUAUCCAAGAGGAUAGUAAAACUGAUCCAGAAGAAGAGUAAAUUGAAGCAAACAAAUCUGCAAAUAAAAAUAAAAAGAGGAAGAAAAACAAAAAAAAUUUAAAAGUAUGAUUUGAACUAAUUUCUAGACUUCAAAACCAAAUGACACUAACUUUUUUGGGAUAUUAUAGAGUGUAACAAAGUGAUAGAUUAGAAGAAAUAUUAUAAAUUUUAUUCUCUGACAGAAUAAUCUAAUAAUUAAAAAUAUAUAAAAAAACUGUUUUUUAUUGCAAUCGUCCUCACUUUAUACUUUUUGUUAAUCUUAAGAAAUAUUUAAUAAAGGCAUGUUUUCAUUAUUUAAUCUUAAAGGGGACAAAAAUUAACUUUUUUGUAUUAUAAUUAAAUUUAAACAAGAAUUAUUUUUAUUAAAUUAUUAUGUCUUUGCUGAUUAUUAAUCUAGAUAACGUUUUAUUUUCAUGA